AUGGCGUCCAUGGCGAUCGGCGUCAACCUAUCGAUGACUAGCCGCGUAGGAGGUGGAGGAGACGAUGUUGAUCGAUUAUUGACGGCCGCACCGACGACGCUGAAGCUGAAUCAGAAGAAUUCGCGGAGCGAGAGUAGAUGUAGGAGGUCUUUUGGGAUGAAAAGGUUUCGGGUUACCGGAGCAAUCGCUAAGUCGGUCGUCGUCGACGGAGAGGAGAAGAUCCAGAAGAAUCUGAGAGUUGGACUUAUUUGCGGAGGUCCGUCGGCGGAGCGCGGGAUUUCUCUCAACUCUGUUAGAUCAGUUCUCGAUCAUAUUCAGGGUAAUGGUAUAAGCGUGAGCUGCUAUUAUAUAGAUCCUGAUCUCAACGCUUAUGCAAUUUCCUCUGCCCAGGUGUACUCGAAUACUCCAGCAGAUUUUGAUUUCAAGCUCGAGAGUCUUGCACAUGCUUUCUCUUCAUUAUCGGAAUUAGCUGAGCAUCUUGUUUCAGCUGUGGACAUUGUUUUCCCAGUGAUUCAUGGUCGAUUUGGUGAAGACGGUGGCAUUCAGGAGCUUUUGGAGAGUCAUAACAUUCCAUUUGUUGGGACCGGAUCCCGUGAAUGUCGUCGAGCCUUUGAUAAGUAUGAAGCCUCUUUGGAGCUCAAGAAACACGGGUUCGUGACAGUACCGAACUACUUGGUGCAGGGAACUGGAGUAGACGAAAGUGAAAUAACGCUAUGGUUUACGGAUAAUCAUCUGGACCUUGAGGUGGGAAAAGUCGUGGUAAAACCAGCUAACGCAGGAUCAAGCAUUGGUGUCAAAGUUGCUUUUGGAGUAAAAGAUUCAGUUAAGAAGGCUAUUGAACUUAUUCAAGAGGGAAUUGAUAAUAGGGUUGUUGUUGAGGUGUUUAUUGAAAACGCAUAUGAGUUUACUGCCAUCGUCCUGGAUGUGGCUUCUGAUUCUGAUUGUCAUCCUGUUGUGCUGUUGCCUUCUGAGGUGGAACUUAAGCUCCAUGGCAGUGGUGAUACGAAAGAAAACGCGAUCUUCGACUACCGGAGAAAGUAUCUGCCGACACAACAGGUCACUUAUCAUACUCCUCCUCGUUUCCCUAUCCAUGUUAUCAAAAGCAUACGUGAAGAGGCAGCUCUUCUAUUUAAAAAGCUAGGUCUACGUGAUUUCGCUCGCUUUGAUGGAUGGUAUUUGACUCCCACUUCAAAUUUAGCAUCAUCUGGAAGUGAAACGCUUACAAGACCAAAGUCAGAGGAUAUUAUAUUUACAGACCUCAACCUGAUAAGUGGCAUGGAGCAAACUAGUUUAUUCUUCCAGCAGGCUUCAAAGAUCACCAGUUCUUACAUUCAGGUUGGGUUUUCUCAUUCAAACAUUUUACGAACAAUCAUCCACCGAGCUAGCUCAAGGUAUCCCCAUCUUGCUUGGUAUAAUCAUGAGUCUAGUCAUUUACUCGGUGGUUCAACAACCCCGGAAAUCCCCGGAGACGUCAAGAAAGUGUUUGUCCUAUUUGGAGGAGACACUUCAGAGCGGCAGGUCUCCGUCGUCAGUGGAACAAAUAUCUGGAUGAACUUGCAAAGAUUUGAAGAUCUUAAAGUAACUCCCUGCUUACUUUCCUCAUCAAUUAGCAACUCAAUGGGUGCAUUUACGGACAAAACCAGAGCAGAUUUGGACAAUAGAGAAGUCUGGUUGUUGCCGUACUCUGCUGUGCUAAGGCACACUGUUGAGGAAGUUCUUGCAGCGUGCUUGGAAGCAAUUGAGCCUGAUCGAGCUCUGUUUACAUCUCUACUUCAGAAGCAAGUGAUGGAUGAUCUUAUGGAUGCUUUGAAGAAUCAAAGCUGGUUUGCAGGGUUCGAUAUAACAGACGAAGUGCCCAUGAAAUACUCGUUGAAAGAUUGGGUUAAGCUUGCAAAGGAAGCUGAAGCAACCGUCUUCCUUUCAGCGCAUGGAGGUAUUGGGGAAGAUGGUACGAUGCAGGCCUUACUGGAGGAUGAAGGAGUUCCUUACACAGGUCCAGGAGUAAAUGCUUCAAGGAUUUGCAUGGACAAGGUUAUGGCAUCUCAGGCUCUUAGUCAUCUUUCAGAGUUUGGAGUUCAUACCAUAAGCAAGGAUGUCAAGAGAACAGAGGAUAUAAUACAUGAGACCAUCCCAGACAUUUGGGAUGAAUUGAUUACCAAGCUUCAGUGUCAGACACUGUGUGUUAAACCAGCAAGGGAUGGUUGCUCCACUGGUGUUGCAAGAUUAUGUUCCUCUGAAGACCUUGCUGUAUAUGUACAAGCUUUAAAAGAUUGUCUACCAAGGAUUCCCGCAAACACUUUAUCUAAGACACAUGGAAUGAUUGAGAUGCCAAAUCCUACCCCGGAGCUCUUGAUUUUUGAACCAUUUGUUGAGACCGAUGAGGUCAUAGUGUCAUCCAAAGCCAAUCAAAAGCUCUCUUGGAAAGGUCAAAAGCGGUGGGUAGAGAUAACCGCGGGUGUCAUCGGAAAGUAUGGCUCGAUGCAUUCGCUAAGUCCUAGUCUUACCGUGAAGGAAAGUGGCGAUAUAUUGUCACUUGAAGAGAAGUUCCAAGGUGGCACUGGCAUAAAUCUUACUCCACCUCCACCACCAAUCAUGAGUAAGGAGGCUUUAGAGAGAUGCAAACAAGGAAUGGAGCUGAUUGCGACAACUCUCGGGUUAGAAGGGUUUUCAAGGAUCGAUGCUUUCGUGCACGUUGAAACCGGAGAGGUGAUGGUAAUAGAGGUGAAUACAGUUCCAGGAAUGACUCCUUCCACUGUUUUAAUCCAACAGGUGACACUUCCUUCAUUCAAAUAUGUUUUUAAAGUAUAUCAAACUAAACUGAAACAGCAACAACAAAGAAGUGGUUUGUUUUGGAUUGUGUUUUGGGACACUGAGAUAAACACAUUCUUGUUUUGUUUUGGGAUUCGAAACAAACCCAAAGGCAAUAGCAGAGGAGCCACCAAUGUACCCUCCUCAAUUCUUUCGCACACUUCUCCACCUUGCUUCACAAAGAGUCAAGUAAGUUGUUCCCAAAGGCACCAGCACGGCUGGUAA